AUGCCCGAACCCGGCGAUUAUCAAGCUCAAGUAGCCGUGCGAAAUGCAGCUCGCGCGGUCGGUGCGGCAUUACACCAAACCAAGUACGCCAUCAUUGGUGGAGCAGCAUGUAUGCUCCUCGGUUCGCAACGUCUUACUCAGGAUGUGGAUUUCGUGGUCCCUACGGGACAGACACGGGCUGCUCGGCAAGAGCUUCGGAAUGCAGGUGGCUUUGUUAUCGAGCCAGGAACUCUCCGCACCCAUUACCAAGGGGUUGAGAUUGAGAUCCUGACACCACCAUCCCUCUUCAAAGAACCAUACGAUGCGGAAACACCAACAAUGGAAGUUCAACAGGUGCGCGUUCUCAAACCUGCACUCAUACUAAAUGCAAAAUGCCGGUCAAUCUUGGGACGAGCCAACGAAGACAAAAAAAGAACCGACGCAGAGGAUAUCGUAUUUCUUCUACAGUGGUUUGUGAACAAUCCGUACCACCCAAAACCGACUGCGGCAGAAGUCCCGAAUGCUACCAAACAAUUCCGCGAUUGGUUUACCGCGACAUAUUGCUCAUCAGCGGAGAAUCAGGCUUUGUGGGCACAGGCUGGGUUCGAGUGA